GGCGGCGGUCGCGGCGGUCGCGGCGGCGGCGGCGGCGCGAACACGGACGCGAUUUCGCUGGAGCGGAGGUGGUCGCGGCAGCGGCUGGAGCGGGUUCUGCCCCUUCCCUCCUCCGCUCCCCCUCCUUCCCCCCCUUCCCUUCCGAAGAGGCAGAGCCUGGCUCAGAGAGGCGGCGACAAGUUCCGGGGCUACACGACGAUUAUUUUGAGAGAACAUCCUCCCAGAAGAGGGAAUAGAAGGAGAAACAUCUUUGCCAAAAAGACCUCGGUAUCCCAUGAACGAAACAGCAGAUCACGUAUCGGGGUGCAACAGUACUCCGGAGCCAGUUACACGGCUCAGAAAAGGUUACCAAUUUGAUGUUUCAGAAAAAGGUCAUAAUGAUAACCACCAAGGAGAAGACUUGGGGACCCUUUUAGUGGCAUCUACUCCCUAUUCCCACUUCAAAAAAAAGUCUGAGGAGCAUGAGUGCAAUAAUGGACCAUCUCAGGAAGAUGAGGGGUUUAUGGGCAUGUCCCCCCUCUUACAAGCUCACCAUGCCAUGGAAAGAAUGGAGGAAUUUGUGUGUAAGGUAUGGGAAGGCCGAUGGAGGGUUAUCCCUCAUGAUGUAUUGCCCGACUGGCUAAAAGACAACGAUUUCCUUUUGCAUGGGCACAGACCCCCUAUGCCUUCUUUCCGAGCCUGUUUCAAGAGCAUCUUCAGAAUACACACAGAGACGGGCAACAUCUGGACACACCUCUUAGGUUGUGUUUUCUUCCUAUGCCUGGGGAUCUUCUACAUGUUUCGUCCAAACAUCUUCUUUGUGGCUCCAUUACAAGAGAAAGUGGUCUUUGGGUUAUUCUUCCUGGGAGCCAUUCUCUGCCUUUCCUUCUCAUGGCUUUUCCACACUGUUUACUGCCACUCAGAAUCAGUCUCCCGGAUCUUCUCCAAACUGGAUUACUCUGGCAUUGCCCUCCUGAUCAUGGGAAGUUUUGUUCCUUGGCUUUAUUACUCCUUCUACUGUAAUCCACAGCCCUGCUUCAUCUACUUGAUUGUCAUCUGUGUGCUGGGGAUUGCAGCCAUCAUUGUCUCCCAGUGGGAUAUGUUUGCCACCCCUCAGUAUCGGGGGGUGAGAGCAGGAGUGUUUCUGGGCUUGGGCCUUAGUGGAAUAAUUCCUACACUGCACUAUAUCUUUUCGGAGGGGUUCCUGAAGGCUGCCACCAUUGGACAGAUAGGCUGGCUGUUGCUCAUGGCUUGCCUGUAUAUCACUGGAGCUGCACUCUAUGCUGCUCGGAUCCCCGAGCGCUUCUUCCCUGGAAAGUGUGACAUCUGGUUUCACUCCCAUCAGCUCUUUCACAUCUUUGUGGUUGCUGGGGCUUUUGUGCACUUCCACGGUGUCUCAAACCUCCAGGAGUUCCGUUUCAUGAUUGGUGGAGGCUGCAGCGAGGAGGAUGCAUUGUAAAAUCUGCCAGUGUCCGGACCAUAACCCAGAACUAGGGCCAACAACAGCUGUGGUCCAUAUUGACUGGCCAUUGAUGCAAAACACGAGAAAGAGCCCCACAACUUUGAAACCCAUCUGGGCAUCGAGGCUUCCCAGGGGCUGGACAUAGUACAUGAUAGAGAAGAGAAAAACAAAAAUAAAUCAUACCUCAAA